ACUUCCGCUCUGCUCAGAUUUAUCUGUCUACCCAAGGUUAAUGCCAUGAUGUUUGUGCACCACUGCAACAUAUCCACAUUUUGCACAUUAUUUUCUAAAGCAGAGCUGGACAGAUCGUGCUGCUGCCGCUGCUGCUGCUGCGAGUGUGCAGAGUUUUGGGUUUGUGUACGAGGAAGCAGUGUGGUUGGAGUCGGUUCAGAGGUGUCAGAGCUCAAACACUUCCUCGUUGGUCGCAUCAGAGAUCAUCAUCCUCCUGCCACCCACCUCAGCGCAAUGACCUCACAUGUGUCUUUUUUAACUUCAUAUCUGCCCUCAUCUCAGUUAAAGUAUUAGUGUGAAGUUUCUGUGUGAUGCUGCGGAGCUCUGGUGUAAUGUGAGAUUUGAUAUCUGAAUCAGGUGUAGAGCAGGUCUUCCUCCCCCCCUUUGAGCGAUGCCUCGUUCCUUCUUGGUGAAGCGAGGAGGGCUGCACCACCUUCGGCCUCCACCUAGAAGCCCCAGUCCUGGAUCGACCACAUCGAUGUUCAGCCAGCUGGACGACAACACGGGGUCCUGGGGUUCCUCCCUGGAGAACACUGCAGAACAGACAACUGAUGAUAAGGCAGUGUCUGUUGUAUUGCUGCAGCAGGACCUCACUGCUGCCAACCGCUCUCAUGGAAAUAUGCUCUUUCAGCCUUUCAGUCCAGUAUCAUACGACUGUAGAUCAUCCGAACCCUGCGGUCCAACAGUCAACUCAGAAACUUUCAUCCCAGUGGAGAAAGUCGACCCUCGCCCUCUCACACCGACAGUGUGGUCGACUCCUCGUGUGAGCUCCGGUUAUCCAGACCUGAGGGCGCUGGGAGACUUCACUGAGCACGCUCAGAUCCUCAGAGAGGCCAGAAUCAGCGACUGCUCCGAGAUCGGUGCUCUGAGGCAAGACUGUCCCCUCUGUGGCAAAAUAUUUUCAUGUCUGUCUAGUUUGAAGAGUCACAUAUGUAAGAGUCACGGAAGCAGAUCUCGUCUGUCAGCGGCUCACAUCAAGUCCAGCAGGGUCGACAGCGAGUGGUCGCCCUGCAGAGGCAAGGAGAAGACGUUUGACUGUGCCGAGUGUGGAAAAGUGUUCAAGCGCUCCUCCACCCUCUCCACCCAUCUGCUGAUUCAUUCAGACACUCGGCCGUAUCCCUGCCAGUACUGUGGCAAAAGGUUCCACCAGAAGUCCGACAUGAAGAAACACACCUUCAUACACACCGGAGAAAAGCCCCAUGUGUGUCAGAUAUGCGGGAAGGCAUUCAGCCAGAGCUCCAACCUCAUCACACACAGCCGCAAACACAGCGACGACCGGCCUUACCGCUGCCCUCGAUGCCACUACAGCUUCCAGCACAAAGUGGACCUGCGGAAGCACCAGGAGCAUCACUGCACCUGCCGCUGAACCCCGUGAACAGGAACAACACGUUUAAAACAGGAAGCUACUGACUGUGUUGUGGUUUGGACAUCUUUCAUCCAGAGUAUGUUGUAUAUAUUGUAGAGUUAACUGCCUUUCAGGAGACAAAAGGAGGGAAGAUAUUGUUCUUCAUCUGCAGGUUUAUGUCAUGACCCUUGUAGCAAAAUGUGGAAUUAAUGGCUGAACCUGCUGUGUACUUGUUGAAUGCUCUCGUGCUAAAUACAAUAUUAUAUAUUUAU